CAAAAUAUCGAUUAUUCAGUUGCCACUGGAAUUUCGUCUGUUUCUGCCGCGUAAAAAGUAAUUAUGACAAGUUCACACCAUGUAUGACGUCGUCAUCAUUGGAGCCGGUAUCGCGGGCCUCGGAGCCGCUCGUGUACUUACCCGCGAAGCAUACAACGUUAUAGUAUUGGAAGCUCGUUCUCGCCCUGGUGGAAGAAUCCACACUGUGCAACUCCCUUCCUUGUACACUGAUGGAGCUCCGUGUCCUCGACACACUGAGUAUGGAGACGAUAUUGCUCUCCUUGGUUCAGAUCCUUCCCAAAUACAAACGAUUCUAAAUAACCUAAGUAACUCUGCAGCACGGUUUGGCAUGCGCUUCGCACCUGCAAGUUGUAAAGUGCUGUCACAAGACUGGGUGCGACCAAACCCACACCUCAUGCUUGUAGCUCGCUCCUACUCUAAUGAGACACUGCGUUUCAGUCAUGCCGUGAAUCACGAUCAACUCAGUGUCUUCCAUACGGGUAGAAUCGAUCGAUCGAGCCCCCAUAGUGACAGUACCAAUGAAAAUCGCAAUUGCAACACCCUUCCUGCGGACGUGGACUCCAAUGACCCUAAUCAGUCCCAACCCAUCUGUGCCCAUUUUUGCGAUGAAAAUGAUGAUAGCUCGGGUCCUUUGGAUGUGGAUUUAGGCGCUAACUAUUUAAUCGGCUGUGCUAAUCGCCAAACUGAUCAACCGCUUUUCCACAUGGCAAGAUUGCUCGGGGUCAGUACGGCAACUUGUGUCGGGGAUCUAUGUAAAAAGUAUCGAGGAUGGGAGUGUGCUGAACUGGCAGUUUGGCGCGAUCACAAUCAACCCGACGCACCGAUAAUCCCUCUCCAAGAAGUCGCUGAAGCAGCUUUUUUGUUUGAUAAAGUUGUUCAUCUGGCUGUAGACAAACACCUCAAGUUCAGAAACAGAGCCUCGUUAUCUACCGCAGCUGUAGGUCCCGGAUCUAACCACGCAUAUGCAGCUGGUGAGCCAUCUGUUAAGGUAUCAGAAGUCCAAGUUCAUUGUGGUCAUCCCCGCUAUCAGCUGUUUGCGCUGAAAAAUAUGCGCACCCAGCUUAUGUUACCGCCACAUAUUGAGAUCGCUGUGCAAUUAAUCGACGAUUCGCUACAGUCAAUUCUUCAGUCUGAAGCCAACUUUGGUCUUCGCCCCGCUCCGACGUUUCGGAAUGAAGUUGAGGCUGGAAUAUUUCAGUCCAUUUUGCUGCGAUAUUUAGCGUACGUAAAUCCUAUUGACCGACUACCUCAUACCGUUCUGGACGAAUUGUGCGAAGUUGCCACUCCACGUUGGCACCUGAGUAUGAGCGGUACUACGGCGUUACAAUCGCUUGGUCUGCAAGAGCUCUCAGUUCGGAAGUUGACUCUCUCUGAUCGCUUGGCUCUUGCCUAUCCCUCAGAUGAGCAGCGCGAGGCUUACCAGAUAUGGGCUGAGCGUAAAUUGCAGGCUCUGGCUAAUGGCCAGGCUGGUUCCCGUCCAUCCGUUGCCAGAGCAGUCAAUGUUAGUUGGGAGGACCGGUUGGUCACUGGACGUUUUAGUGAUCUCAUUCAACCAUUAAUAGAGAACGUACCAAUAGUCUACAAUGCGGUGGUCACCGAUGUGGAUUGGUCCGGUGAUAGUAUUUGUGGCGUGCGCGUCCGGGCUGUUGUGUCGCGGGAGGACGGAGAGAGCUCCAAUGGUGAUUCCAAUCGGCAAACUGACAAAACGGAACCGGUGAUGCAGUUUUACGAUGCGAAACAUUGUAUCAUUACGGUACCGGUUGGUGUCCUCAAAGGGCUUGAUCCACGAUCUGUGAUCCAUUUCAAACCAGAGCUUCCCCCAGAGAAACGACAAGCUAUCAACCGUUUGGGUCCACCCUUUCUGGGUGCCCCUACGCACGAUAAAGUUAUCUUGCGUUUUCGAGUGCCGGAGGACGUUUUCUGGGACACGCGAGCUGCUCACUUGAAGUGUCCAGAUCCUCGACUACAUAUACUCAACCUGCAUCGCUAUGGCAAGCCGGGAGUACUUUGUUGCCAUAUAUGGGGUGGAAGUGGUCUUUGCCCGACUGGUCACCGUGACCAGGAAGUCGUUGACGUGAUUUUGGACCUUUUGGAUCGCAUGUACCCGACUACGCCGAAUGACGGCAAAACAAGCCGCCGGAUACCUGAGCCGAUGUUCUACUUGGUGACUCGCUGGUCGGAGGAUCCUUUCGCUUUGGGAGCGUACACGACCGGUGAACCUGGCAGCACCGAUGAAGAUCGACGGCUUUAUGCCACCAGUUUGACAAGUGCAGAUGCGCGCCGCAUGUGUGGCUUAGAUAUGUCGACAGUGGGAACGCCGACGUCUGAUGUCCCACGUCUCCUGUUCGCUGGCGAGGGCACACUGACGGCUAGUGAAGCAAAGGAGUGCACCCACGGGGCUUUGCAAACUGGGGUGCUCCGUGCUCUGGAGUUAUUUCCGUUUCUCGAAAGGAAAUCGGUAAAUGCCUACUACAACGAGAAAACAAAUCGUUUGCCUUGUACCUUGAACGGAUCACAACUGCGAACUAUCAUACUUGGUAAGCUAGCUCACUAUUUAACUGGGAAACCGCUGGCCCGUUGGAUCUCGACUCUGAAUAACUAUAGGCCCCAUCGAGUAGUUCGGCCUACUCGAUCAUUCCGAGAUCUGUUGAUGAAUGGUGUUAGGAAAAAGCAAGACGGCCAGCUAAACUUUCCUGCCAUGGAAGUGAGCAAUCCUGUGAACCCCAACUUGAGUCAUAUUGCAGCCUCAGAACCAAAUGGCCCAGUCGGAGAUAACCUUCAGCAGGCUCGCGGGAGGACUCUUCGGGCCAUUGGUAGAGGCCGUUCAAACUGCGCUCGCACAUCAACCUUAUCGAGGAGACGCGCGGGGACCCGUCGUGGUUAUGGCUAUACUCGUAAACGGAGAAGCGGGACGAAUCGCACAAAUACGUCUUACAGUUCCGUGGAUAGUCAAUCAGAAACCAGUGUCUCUACCAUUGAAGCGCGGGUGCAUUUAGGCCACCACGGGCUUAUGCAACUGAAGAGCACCAUUCUCAGUUCAUUUUCUACAGCCCUUGUUGAAAUUCGUCAUUUGUGGAGCACACUAACCUCUCAAGACCGCCAGUACGCACUGUCUGAAUUAUCCGGAUUACUGAACGAAUUGCGUGUUAUGCAUUCAGAACUGGAGGACAGGGAGUCUCUACGUGUUUCUCCUGUACUUAUGAUGCCAUCUGACAAUCCUAUCGUUCCAUUUCCCUCUUCCCGCUGAUCUGAAUGUGAACAAUCUUCACUGUACAGCACGAUCACUUGUUUUUACCGCACCAUCCACGGCAUCAUCUAUGUGCGCUUUCGGGUUGUCUUCUAGUUAUAUUUUAUUUUUGCACCAAAAUCUUUUCAUACUCCCUUGUUUAGGAGCACACAAUGCAUGAACUGCUAGUGUGUUGUGCUAUUUUCUUGAAUUGGUACAUCUUUUGAGUUUUCGUUCAUUCCAUUGGUGGGGUGACUCAAACCGUUAAACUUGGCACCUUAUGGUACAUCA